AUGAAGCAAAAUUACCGGAAUGAUUUUUUAUCAAAUAUAAGACCAGCUGAAUUAAUUUUUUUUAAGAUUGUACAUCACACCAUUCAAAAAUUCAGUGACUCAACCUGCGAUGAUGUUUGCAGAUACUUUACGAAAAACGUGAACGGACGACAGAACAUUGAUGACAGCUUUUACGUGUUCGACCUCGGAGAAUUGACAAGGUUGUACGCUCUGUUGGUAGAACUGCUCCCCCGAGUAAAACCAUUCUAUGCAGUAAAAGUUGCUCCUUAUGAUCAAGUAAUCAAUGCGUUGAUGGAACUAGGAACAGGCUUUUAUUGUGGAAGCCAGGUUGAACUUCUUCAAGCGAAACAACUUGGAGUGGAUUCGGAAGAAAUAUUCAUGGCGAAUCCUUGUAAGCAAAUUUCACAUUUGCAGACAGCAAAGGAACAUGGAGUAAAAAUGAUGGUUUUCGACAACGAAGAUGAAUUGAAAAAACUGAAAAAAUAUCAUCCAACAUCACGAUUGGUUCUCAGAAUUCACGUUCAAGAGGAUGGCAAGAUAAAUUAUUUUAGUUUAAAAUAUGGAGCUACGACCAAAAAAGCAAGGGAUCUUAUACUAAUGGCAAAAGAAUUCCACAUGGACGUCGUCGGCAUCAGUUUCCAUGUCGGCGCAUUACUGGGAGAUAAAUCAGAUCAGUAUAAACGAGCGUUGUUAGACGCAAAAGAGUUAUUCGAUUUUGCUGAGAAGAAUAAUAUAUCGUUCAGUUUGCUUGAUAUCGGAGGGGGUUUUAGAGUGACGGAUCCUUUCUUACAACAGACUACGUCUUCGAUCAACAUUAUUCUCGAAGAGCUGUUUCCAGUUUUAAAACAUCCCGAUUUGGAGAUAAUAUCUGAACCAGGAGCUUUUCUUACUGACACUGCUUUCACACUGGCAACGAAUGUAAUAGGGAGAAGAGAAAUUGAAGAUUUCGAAAGUACUUACCACUAUUAUGUGAAUGAUGGAAAAUUUGGAUCUUUUUUCAUUCAGUUCAUGUUGAAUAGAGACAUGGGAUAUUUUUUCAUAUCUGAGUCAAUGAAGCAAAAAUCAACAUUCAAGUCCAAAGUUUGGGGUCCAGUAUUGACAUCCUUGGAUGAAGUGAUAGACAAUGUUUUUCUUCCCCAACUUGACAUAGGAGAUUGGAUAUUCUGGAGAAAUAUGGGAGCAUAUUCUUUUGCAUUCAAUUCUAGUUUCAAUGGAUAUAGAACAAAAACAUUUUAUGAUGUCAUUUCAAAAGAAGAUUUGUUACUUUUUCAGCAAUUGCGCAAGAAGAAAACGUCUUCCCGUUUUUGUUUCAAAAACUUGGAAUAUAAAUGAAGAAGGAGAGUAACGAGGAACUCGCUCGAUUUAUAGUUACAAAUAUAUGAUCCACAUAGAUUUAAAGUGACAUAUAAGGAAGCUAAAACAAGUUGCAGUAACUUUUGAUAAAUGCACCAUUUUUUAUUUGCAACUGCUUUUUAUUAUAGAAAAGUUUUAAAAAUAAUAAAUUACACCUUUAGUGAUUUAUUGGCUAUAGUAAUUAUGUAGAUAUGUGCGUUUCACAUUUCCUCGACUGCUCUCGAAAAAAUACGGAAAUACAGUUGUUUUGAUUUCAUCUGCAAAUUCUCAUCAUUUACUUUGUUCAUUCAGGCAAAAGGAAAAAUAAAUGUUUGCUCGUUAAGUUAAGUUGUGUCAUUGAAAAGUUCAUUCCUUAUUCAAUGGCACCGCAAAAUUUAUCAAAUUAAAACGAAUGUUUGUGUCCGUCGCAUAAGCACAUUAUAUAAAAAAAAAGUAUCCGCAAAGUAUACCUGAAAAGAAGAUUUGAAACGGAAGCACAGUAGGAGAGUCUGAAAAAAAUUCAACACCGUAAAAAUACUUCAUAUAAAACAAUAAUA